AUGAUGUCGAAACAAGUUGAAAACCGAACUGAAGAACUUGGUUCUAUGUGUAUUAUUCUUCAUCGUGAACGAAGUUUUCACAAUGUUGACACCCGAAUUUUAAAAAGUGCAAUACAAAAAUAUGCUCGACGGGCCAUGUUUUCUCCUAAAGGUCUGUGGUGUUUAAUCGAACUUGAUCUGUUUUCUUUGAUUGAAAUUAAACCUAAUUUAUACCCAAAAUGUCAAAUAACAGAAAAACAAAUUCAACAAAAUGCUGUUCGAAUGCGUUCGAACAUGAUCAAUCGACUUGUCGCAAUGAUGAGUGAAGAUGUAGGACCGUGUAAUAGUCGAUUACCAAGUCAAAUCUAUCGACUCUAUUUACAAUGGAUUAAAACACGUCGAGAGUCAUCGAGUCGAAAAACUCUUCUUGAAUUGUAUUAUUUUGUUGCAAAUGAUAAGACUCAACGUAUUCGAUUACUGAGUGAUCUGAGAACAAUUUAUAAUCUUCCGGAAUAUUUGACAGAAAACAAAAAUUUACAUAGGAAAUUAUUGGAAAAAUUUCAAAUGACUGAAUUGAUUGAUGUGAUGUAUGAAAAUCAAUCGAAAAGAAAAACUAAACAACAACUUUGUGAUUUGAUUAUUGAACAUCUGAAGAAGAAAUCUGAACUUGCUUUUGCUUAUCUUUCACUUUUAUUUCAAAGAAACGAUCAAGCUUUGACUAAUCAACGACUUUGGCCGUAUAUCAUACAAAAAUCACCUUUUCCCGAUAGUACAAAAGCUCUGGCAUUCUUCUACAAAACACUAAAGCACAAAGAACAUUAUCUAUACUUAUAUCAUGCCAUGGCAUUUAUCAUUUAUGAAGAUACAAUUCGACAAGUCGAUCAAAGAAUAACUUUUCCCGACGAUAUUAAUGUUGAUCAAUUAUACCAAGAUCAUUUCAAUGAUAAAACAGUAAUUGAAUUGGAUUCAUUUGUGUUUGAUCGACAUACGGGUGUUGAAACAUCAAGAAGUGAUUUUGCUAUCGAAGGUGCACAAGUGACUAAUGAAUGCAAGGAAUUAUUUAAUGAGAAAUAUCGCAAAAUGUAUCAAGAAUUUAAAGUUAUGAUUGAUGAUGAAGAAGAACAAGCGAAAUCGAAAAAGAAAACAAAACGAAAGAAUUUCGACGAAGGAGAAAGUACAACAAGAAAACUAACUAAAGCGAGUAGUACGAAUGAAACUAUUGAUGAUAAUUUUGACUCGGAAAUUAUUCGACUCGGUUAUCAAUUUGAUGUACAAUUUCAAUCAUUUGUAACUGAUGAAUUAUCCAAACUUGCACAAGGUCAAUGUCGAACAAGUGUUCGUAAGAAAGCUGUAUUCAUCUCAUCGGAUUACGUUUACAAAGGUCCAUAUUCUUCCAGUAUACCAGGUGAUCGAAAACGAUUCUUCUACAAUUUAUAUUUUACACGUGCAUUGAUAACACUUGAAGAAUAUUUAAAGAUUCCUGAUCAAUUUCGAUCGAUCGUUGAUUGGUGUUCGAUCGUUAAGAUUACGAAUACAAAUGAUUAUUAUUUGAAACAAAAAGCUUUGGGACAAUUAUCCACUGAAGAAAACGAUCAGGAAAUCGUGACAACAAAAAUUGAAAGUAAUGUCAAAGUGCUUCGACGAGGUUCGCAUAUCAAUCGAUUGAAUGAAUUAGAAAAAGAUAAAUCAAAUUUUCAAGAUGAAAACAAACAAAUUCUUCAAGCGUGUUUACAACAUAUGUAUUUACGGUAUUUAUUGAAUAUUGGUGAUUCAGGAACAUGGAAUAUUCUUGUAAGAAGAGAUGAAGUGAAAGGAAUUUGUGGAAUUGAUUUUGAAGAAAUUCGAACAGAGAAAGAAAAAGUAGCGAAUGAUCCAUUGACAAUGAUUAUGAGCAAAGUAUCAAAACAACAACGUGAUCUUUAUGGAAAAUAUACAAAUGGAAUUAUUAUUUUUAAAGAAAAAAUUGAUUUAUCGAGUGAACUCGCUAAAACUUUAUCGGAAAAGUUUCAAAUCGAUGUACAGAAUGUGAACAAACGCAUUGAACAAUACGCAAAUUGUAUUUCAAAGAAAAACUAA